UUGUUCCCGUGACUACGCAGUGGCAAACGCCAUAUUGACUCUGUAGGUGUCGUUCUCCUGGUCCAGUGUUCACUUGUUUAUUUUUUCCCACAGGUGAGAAACCGUCCACUUCGUCCUAGAUUUUAAUUCAGGUGGUCCAGUACAACUUUUAAUCAUUAUGGCUUCUCGUAAGAAGAUUCUCUUGAAGGUAAUUAUUCUGGGCGACUCUGGUGUGGGUAAGACUUCUCUAAUGAACCAGUUUGUAAACAAGAAAUUCUCCAACCAAUACAAAGCAACCAUUGGAGCAGAUUUCCUCACCAAAGAAGUUAUGGUUGAUGAUAGACUUGUUACUAUGCAGAUUUGGGACACUGCCGGUCAAGAGAGAUUUCAGUCUUUAGGUGUUGCAUUUUAUCGUGGGGCUGACUGUUGCGUUUUAUGUUACGAUGUGACAUCUCCGAAUUCUUUCAAAAGUUUAGACUCCUGGCGGGACGAGUUUUUGAUUCAGGCAUCACCCCGGGAUCCAGAUCACUUUCCUUUUGUUGUCCUUGGUAACAAGAUUGAUUUAGAAAACAGAGCUGUUUCAACGAAGCGAGCGCAGCAGUGGUGUCACAGUAAAAACGAGGUUCCCUAUUUUGAGACGAGUGCAAAGGAGGCCAUCAAUGUGGAAUUGGCAUUCCAGACAAUUGCUCGCAAUGCUUUGGCUCAAGAAUCGGAGGUAGAUAUUGGUCACGAAUUCCCAGACCAGAUCAAACUGACGAAUGAUAACAAGACAAAGCAAGACGCCUGUUCUUGUUAAUGAUCACUUUAUAAUGAUUUUUCUACAUACGGCGGAAGCACGUGGUUCCAUUUGUGAUAUUGAAGGAUCAAGCGGGGAGGAGGAGGAGAGCGAGAGUUUGGGUCUGUCACCUGUUCCUGAAGCAGCACUUGUGUGAUGAUGGAGAAAAGAGCCGAGUGCACCAUUGAUAAAUAUCAAAGUUUUAGAAUUUCAUUCUUGAUUCCUGAGACUGAAGGAGCAAUUCCUCUGUUAAAUCCAUUACUUUUCCAGUUUUUCGUGAAAAAAUGCCAGCACUUGAUGCCCCUGUUUCAGGUGAUGGUUUUUUGGAAUUGAAUAUUCUUGAGCUUUUUUCUUCCAUUCAUCCAUUUCAAAUGGAAGGUUAGUAUAGACCCAACUCUUCACUGUUGUCUUGAUUUUGUUUCCAUAAUUGUUUUAUAUUAACUAGAUAUCUAUCUUAAUAAACUGUCGCAAUACCACUUAAUUGGAAGGCCUUUCCUUUCAAAAUUUCUUCAGGAGAUCUUGCGUGUGUGAGGUUGUCUAGACUAUUUUUAUUCAUUACAUUAUGAUACUGCUUGCAAAGGAAUUUAUAUAGGAUAUUACAAAUUUUUAUGGUCUAAAAUUUUCUUUUCUUAUCACUUCUGUUUGUUGAUAAAAACUUGUGCUGUUUAUACGUAUAUAUAUUAUAUCCUAGUAAAAAAGCCAAUUUUUUUUUUUUCUAUUUAGAAUUAGGUAUGAUUAAAGUUCAAAUAACUUUGGGGAAUCGAUAAAUCUUGAUGGGAGGUCACCAUGGAAAAGGUAAAUUUUUUAUUCGAAUCAUCAGCCUGUAGAAAUGUAAAUUUCCCUGUGUAGUUUCAUUUCUCAUUGUAAUAUAACGAUAACAGUACAUGUACAGAGUAUUACACUUGUCAGAAUUUAGUGGUUGGUGCUUGAAGCAGCUACUUGCAAGAAAUUUACCACAGGAAAAAUGGGGCAGGACGUGACUUACAGGGGGAAAUAAUUUGGAAAGAAACAAACCUCAGUUUUUUACUAGACUUAAUCUGUGAUGUAAAUCCUCAGGAUGAAGUGCAGAGAAAAGUAUUUAAUAUUACGACCGCAGAGUUAGUCGAGAAUCAGAGCUGUGUACAUUAUACAUAGUCCAUCUUCUUGUGAAUUAAUAGGACUGAUUGGUUGAACUUUCCAUACAGUCAUUUGUAAAUUGACCGCCAUGACAGGGCCCCCCCCUUGUAUAAAAUUUUGGUUUGGACAGUGACAAUCCCAAAUUGUUGAAAAUAUAUGGUAAGCUAGAAAGAGAAAUUCCAAAAAGUCUGUACUUUCCUGCCCCGUUGAUGAACUUCGUCUUUUUGCACGAAUGCUGUAAUGAUUAUUUAUUUUAUACUUACAUUUGUUCAGAAUGGUUUUUUUAUGAUCUUGAGUUUAUUAUAGUAUAUUGUAUUUGUAAAUAACUGUAAAUUACACCAUCAGUGUAUUGAAUAAGAUUUCCAUGAAGACGACUUUAAUAAUAUAACAUUUUGCUUCCCUGCCAUGGAAAUUGGCUUGCGGUUUUAUAUGAUAUUUAUUUGUAGUGAUAAGCGGCUAGAAGAAGAAGUCUGGGUAGCUGAGUCAUGACCACACUCUUAUGGUCUGCUGGAAUUGAGAAACUUGUCCCAACCUUAAUUGUUCACAGAAAUGCAUUCAUUUGUUCUCCCAAGGAUUGAUUAUCACCAUCGUUCAGAAUACUUGCAUGGAAGUGAAGUGAAAUCAUUUUUAGGAAUUAGGUUUUUUGCAUUGUAUAUAUUUGAUAGUUCCUCUGUGUAUUAGUUUUGGGAACAGAUGAGAUUUGUGUACAGCGAUAAAGUGUCCAGUUGAUUGGAUAAAUCUUUAGGUACACCUAUGUUACCAUUCCCAAUGUCGAGUUAAGUUGAACUUUAAAUUCUGAUAUAAUAUUGGUUUUACAAAUAUAUCAACUUAAAACUGUGGUAAGAUCUGUAAUAUGUAUUAAAAUAAAUAUACUGGCAAAA